AUGGCGCGGUUCGAAUUCGCGGCACUGGUGCUGACCGACCCGCACAAUGUGCGCUACGCGACCGGCGCGCGGAACAUGAUGCCCUUCGUCCUGCGCAAUCCGGCCCGCUACGUGUUCGUGCCCCUGGAAGGGCCGGUCGUCUUGUUCGAGUUCGCGGGUUGCGAGCACCUGGAACGGGACAAUCCGGCGAUCGACGAGAUCCGCGUUGCGACGACGGUCUCCUACGUGGCGCGCGGGCCGCUGCUGGAUGAGACGGCAAAGGUCUGGGCGGGGGAGAUCGCCGCGCUGAUGCGCCAGCACUGCCCGGGCGAGACGCGGAUCGGACUGGAGCGCAUCGAUGCGCGCGCUGUCGGCUAUCUCGCCGACGCGGGCUUCACCAUCCUCGACGCUCAGGCGCCGGCCGAAAGGGCGCGCUCGAUCAAGACACCGGAGGAGAUCGUCUGCUCGAAGCGUUCGAUGGCGUGCGUCAUGGCGGCGGAACAGGCACUGCAGGAUGCCGCGAGGCCGGGGAUCACCGAGAACGCGCUGUGGGCUGAGUUCCAUCGUCACGUAAUCGCCAACGACGGGGAUUACGUGGAGACGCGGCUACUCAGCUCGGGCGAGAGAACCAACCCCUGGUUUCAGGAGACCGGCACCCGCGCGAUCCAAGCCGGUGAGCUGAUUGCCCACGAUACCGAUGUCGUCGGCCCGCACGGCUACUACGCGGAUUUCUCGCGCACCUUCCUUUGCGGCGACGGCCGGCCGACGCCGGCGCAGCGAACGCUCUAUCGCCUCGCCCAUGAGCAGAUCCAGCACAACAUGGCGCUGAUCGCAGAGCCGGGGCGGGUCGUUUCCGGGAGAUCACGGAGGCGGCCUGGACGAUUCCCGCCCCGUACUACGCAAGGCGGUACUUCGUGA